UAUUGGUUAUUUUAUUUUUAUCGAAUAUUUGGUCGUAAAGAUUUCCAAGUCAAUUUAAUUUAUUUAUUAUUGCGUUCAAUCGAAUGCUUAGAUUUAUACUGAUUUUCACGAUAUUUUAAGUUAUGCCGGUAUAGUACUUUUUUGAAAGAUGAUCAAAUUUCUAUAUUUUCUUUCAGUAAUAGCGUUGUAUAUAGUGAAAGAUAUCGAAUGUUCGAGUAUAAAUGAUGAACUACGAAGUUACUACGAUAGCGAUAUACAACAGCAGUUUAAAAACGAAUGGAAGAAAUACCGGGUCGCUUUCGAAAACGAAAUAGCAACGAAUCUGCAGGAAAACUUCGGCACCAAAGCUCUAAAUAUCUUCGAGCCAGACAGACACGUAACACAUUUCCUCGCAGGAGGCUUCCACCUCACAGAUGGCGUGGUGAUGGUAUAUUUCUUUGAAAUGGUACUAAGAGAACUGCCAGCUUUGAUAGGGCCGAAGCUGACAAUCAACCUUCCCUCGAAUUACAUACAAGUGCAUUCGAAGGUCGACCGCAUGUUUAUUGACACAACAUACUAUGUUGCGAGGAACUCGUCCACUGUGAUCUACGCUAGUCCUGAUGACCAGAAGGAGCUCUCACCCUUCAGCCUGCAACAGGUGGACAAUAUGGGGAAAGUGGUAAUAGUUGCCGAAGACUGCACACUAAACGGUAUUUCCAUAGCGACUCUGAGCGGGGAUUCGGUUAACGUGGGACACUGCACGUACCAGCUCACUGAAUGCAAGUUUUCGGUUGAGAUAUCAACACCUAAUUCUGGGGCGCCGCCAGUGAUAGCGCCUUAUUUUCCUAGGGGACCAAAGGAAAAGCUUGAAAUUGUUAUAUCGAAGCCCUUCCGCGAGGAAUUGCAGAUAAAGCUGCAGGGUGCAAUGAACAGCUACAUCAACACUAGUGUUUUGCUCGGAAGCCAGGGCCCCAAUAUCAGGAAUAACCAGCACAAACUGUUUAAAAGCUACAGUGAUUUUAUGACGGACUACGUUCAUAAAAUAAACCAGAAUACGUUGAAAUCGAACAAAGGACAUGUCAACCUGCCGAAUUACGAAAUCCUCAUGAACACAGAAACAGAUAAGAGAAAAUGGUCGUGUCAUAUGGCUCUCGUGGACGUCAUGAUGUACGGACUUGACACGGCUUACGUGGCGCGUUCUGGAGGGCCGUUCAAUUCAGGCUCGCCGACUUCUGCCGCUGAUGCGAUUAUGUUCAGUUCCAUACAGAUAAGAGGUAAAAUUACCCACGACGAUGGCAAAGGAAGUUUAAAGUAUGACUUUGCUGCCGAACUAACGGAUAUUACAAUGGACAUCGUUAUUUACAUAGAGGAUGGAAAGACCAAGAUACGAACACUUACCAUGUCGGGUUGGAGGUCUUUGGAGUUUUCAAUUAUCCCAUGGGAAACACAAUAUAAAGAAAGACAUGGAUAUCAAUCGCUAGUGUAUGGUCAUAUACUGAACGAAAUACCAGCACGAAUUACAAAGCAUUUAUCAAGUAUAUUAGGAGAACCCAUGGAUCGAAAUGAGCAAGUCGGUGAUAACAAUGAUGAUGAUGGUGGCGGCGGUGGUGGUAACAAAGAUGAUGACGGCGAUAAUGAUGGUAAUGACGAAGAAGGAAGGGAUGAUAAUGGUAGUGUAGAUGAUAAUGACGAAAAUGCCAGUGACACUGCAAAAGACAGGAAAUUAAAAAGUAACGAUAGCAAGGAAUUCUUUGAUGAUAAUUUCUUCUCCGAUGAAUUCUUUUCUGACGAUUUUAUUGAAGACAAUUUUUUCAGUGACGAUAAUUCAAAGAAAGAUUUUUUCUCUGAAUUUGAAUCUGAUGGCAAAAAAGAUAAUGCUGAAGGAAUUAAGGACAAAACUACUGGACAGUCGGGUGAAAACGGUGUCGAUGACGGAGAUGAUGUGGCUGUCAAUGAUGCAGGAGACGAUGGAGGUGUAAAAGAUGGUGAUGAUGGCAAUAAGGAUAAACCUGUGAAUACUGAUCAAGGCGUAGAUGAUGAUGAUGCAGUAGCGGACAGUAAAGGCAAUGAAGGCGUAGACGAUGAUGAUGCAGUAGCGGACAAUGAAGACGACGUAGGUGUUGAUGAUACUGUUGACAAAGAUGGGGCUGAUGCAGGCGCUUCCGAGGAAUCAAAUAAAGGCGUCGACGAUGAAACAAAUGAAGGAAAUAAUCCUGAGGCUGUUAACGGAAGUGGAGGAUGGCCCGUAUCAGAUGACGCUAAUGAUGAAGGAUCGGUAACUGGAUCAGAAAAAAAUGUCUUGGGUGGUAGUCAACUUAAAAAUGUCAAAGGAGAUGGCUUCUUUUCCGAUGACUUUAUAGAAAAAGACUUUUUCAGUGAUGAUCACAUAAAGGAUGACUUUUUCUCCGACAUGACAGCAGAAAAUAAUAAAAAUGAAGGAAAAGGGACGGACACAGGUACUGGUAAUGAAGCUAAAGAUCGUGCUGAAGCAGAAGUGAAAGAUGAGGAUGAAGGUGCUACAGAAAAUGUAGACGAAGGUGUAAUUCAAGAUGGCGAAGCAGUUGAGAACGAUGAUGGGAAACAAAUAAACGAUGACGUCACUGUUGAUGGGCCGAAUAAUGACGACACCAAAAAUAAAGAUUUCUUUUCUGAUGACCACCUAGAGAAAGAUUUCUUUUCCGACGACCAUAUAGAAGACAAUUUCUUUUCUGAUGACUUUAUAGAAAAGGAUUUCUUUUCUGACGAUGAUACAAAGGAGAGAGAUAAUGGAGAUGCUGGUAGCAAAAGUAAAUUAAAGAGUGUGAAUGGUGAUGGUGGAUGGCCUGUAUCUGAUACAGUCAGUGAUAAUAAUGGAAACAUGGGCAGCAAAUCUAAGUUAGACAGUGUCAACGGUGAUGGUGGUUGGCCUGUAUCUGACACAGUCAGUGACAAUGAUGGAAACGUGGGUGGCAAAUCUAAGUUAGACAGUGUCAAUGGUGAUGGUGGUUGGCCUGUAUCUGACACAGUCAGUGAUAAUGAUGGAAAUGUGGGCAACAAAGCUAAGUUAAGCAGUGUCAACGGUGAUGGUGGUUGGCCUGUAUCUGACGCAGUCAGUGACAAUGAUGGAAAUGUGGGUGGCAAAUCUAAGUUAGACAGUGUCAACGGUGAUGGUGGUUGGCCUGUAUCUGACGCAGUCAGUGACAAUGAUGGAAAUGUGGGUGGCAAAUCUAAGUUAGACAGUGUCAACGGUGAUGGUGGUUGGCCUGUAUCUGACGCAGUCAGUGACAAUGAUGGAAAUGUGGGUGGCAAAUCUAAGUUAGACAGUGUCAACGGUGAUGGUGGUUGGCCUGUAUCUGACACAGUCAGUGAUAAUGAUGGAAACGUGGGAAACAAAGCUAAGUUAAGCAGUGUCAACGGUGAUGGUGGUUGGCCUGUAUCUGACGCAGUCAGUGAUAAUGAUGGAAACGUGGGCGGCAAAAGUAAAUUAAAGAGCGUGAAUGGUGAUGGUGGAUGGCCUGUUGAAGACAAUGUAGAAGUUGCAGACAACGAUGAACAGAACGUUAACGGCAAAAAUGCAAAAAAAUUGUGGGUUUUUGGUUCAGAGGAUGACAAGCCCUUUUUUGAUGAAAAUUUCUUUAGUGAUGAUAAUUUUGAGAGACGUUCCCUGGGAAAUGACACAAAAAUAAACGAUUUAAAAAAUCAGACCGAUGCUACCGCAAUUGAAGACGAUGAGAAAAAAACAGGAAAUCACGCGAAAGGCGAAGUCUCAUCGGAAGAUAUAAAGGUUGUUCCACCCAACGUACAUAACACUCGGCGACAGCAAAAUGUGCGUAUGUCAGAAAAUGAGAUUCGUUGACAUGCUUACAAUAAAGAAAUGUUUUUUU